AUGCUUUUUGCAAAUUCCUCCACCCUCCGCUACUCUCUCCGCCGCAAAGACGGCACCGACCAACUCCUCCAAGUCCGGCUGGGCUAUUCCAGCCGUCUGAUCUCUCGAUCGCCGUAUUCGGGGCUUCCCUACGACAUCCUGGAAGAAACUCCGUCGACUCUGAUAGCGGAUACUCUGUUUCCUCUGCCUCUACGGGAGCUGGAGGAUCCGUUAUUCUGCCAUGCUUACUUGGUAGAAUUGGUGUCCUCUUUGAACCUCGACUCCAUAUCCUGCAACCCCAUUGCUCAGAAGAUCACGUCGUUGGUCACACAGUGGGCUGCAGUAGACUACGAUUUGAAGUUCCAAUUGGUAGCGGAUAUUGACUACAUUCAAAUGUUUUGGAGGGAGGAGAGCCGAGGUCCUGUUCGGCGAGGUGUAAUGGUGGAGGAGAAGGUGGUUCUGGAGGAAGCUGGAGUGGCGGCGACAUCGGCAGCCGGAAAACAAGGGAUGGGAGGAGAAGAGUGCAGCGUGUGCUACGAAUGCUACGAUGAAGAGAAGGGCGGAGAUAAGGAGGUGGCUAAGAUCCCAUGCGGUCAUAUGUUUCACAAAUCAUGCAUCCUCACCUGGUUUCUAUGUAGCAAUUCAUGUCCUCUGUGUAGAGCCAAAUUAUAA